UUCUUCAAGCAAAGACUACAGAAGUUGAGUGCGAGAAACUGCCGAUUGACCAACAGCAAGUCCAGAGUAAUUCCGUGCGACAAUGGAUACAAUGCGCUCUUAUUUAACAUGUUGGGUCCUGUUUCUUGGAGCGGGAGUUCAGAUAUCCAUCGCAUUGCAGUGCCACUGCCAGUGGUGUAGUAACAGCACCUGCUACACGGACGGCCUGUGCUUUGUGUCCUUCGUGAAGUCAGGCAGUAAGAUGGUGGCACAGGGGAGCAUGUGUUUACCUGAGGCAGACCUCAUCCCUAAGGACAGGCCAUUUGUCUGCGCCCCAUCGAAAAAAGAGAACACUGGGGUGGUCCCUGUCUGCUGCAACACAGACAUGUGUAACAAAGACCCCGAUCCGGGCGACUACUCGUUGACAUUCCCCACAGCCCGUACGCCCCCCCUGAGCCCAGUAGCCCUGGCGGCUGUCAUCGCAGGGCCGGUGUGUGUGCUGUGCUUUGUGCUGCUGCUGGUGUUCUACGUGUGCCACAGCCGCUCUGUCGUCCACCGCCGUGUGCCCAACGAGGAAGACCCUACCAUGGACCACCCCUUCCUAGCUGACGGCCACACCCUCAAAGACCUCAUCUACGACAUGACCACCUCAGGCUCCGGAUCAGGCCUGCCCCUGCUGGUGCAGAGGACCAUAGCAAGGACCAUUAUCCUGCAGGAGAGCAUUGGGAAGGGGAGGUUCGGGGAGGUGUGGCGGGGCCGCUGGCGAGGAGAGGAGGUGGCCGUUAAGAUCUUCUCAUCUCGGGAGGAGCGCUCGUGGUUCCGCGAGGCUGAGAUCUACCAAACCGUCAUGCUGCGCCAUGAGAACAUCCUGGGCUUCAUCGCUGCUGACAACAAAGAUAACGGCACGUGGACCCAGCUGUGGCUGGUAUCAGAUUACCAUGAGCAUGGCUCCCUGUUUGACUACUUGAACAGGUACACGGUGACAGUGGAGGGCAUGAUCAAGCUGUCCUUGUCCACCUCCAGUGGCCUGGCUCACCUGCACAUGGAGAUUGUCGGCACGCAAGGUAAACCAGCCAUCGCCCACCGCGACCUGAAGUCUAAGAACAUCCUGGUGAAGAAGAAUGGUACCUGCUGCAUCGCUGACCUGGGAUUGGCUGUCCGCCACGACUCCGCCACCGACACCAUCGACAUCGCCCCCAAUCACAGAGUGGGAACCAAGAGGUACAUGGCCCCCGAAGUCCUGGAUGACUCAAUCAAUAUGAAGCAUUUUGAGUCGUUCAAGCGGGCAGACAUCUACGCCAUGGGCCUGGUGUUCUGGGAGAUCGCACGGAGAUGCUCAAUAGGAGGUAUCCACGAGGACUACCAGCUGCCCUACUAUGACCUGGUCCAGUCAGACCCCUCGGUGGAAGAGAUGAGGAGGGUGGUGUGUGACCAGAAACUACGGGCCAACAUCCCCAACAGGUGGCAGAGCUGCGAGGUUUUGCGGGUGAUGGCUAAGAUCAUGAGGGAGUGCUGGUACUCCAACGGGGCGGCCCGCCUCACCGCGUUGCGCAUCAAGAAGUCCCUGUCCCAGCUCAGCCAGCAGGAAGGCAUCAAGAUGUAAACUAGAGACAACGCCACCUGAAUGUCUGGAAUCUCGGUCCCCAUCUGUGUGCUGUUCCCCUACGCCUCCUCUUUCUCUGAAGGGGGAGGUGAUGGUACAAUCAGGUGGGUGUGUUUACCCUUCUAUGACUCAUUCCUUUAAGGCUGAUUGGAGAGAUUGUUUCUUUGCUCUCCUCUAAGAUGGCAUUAAAACAUGGGUUGAUUCCAGUGGAUAACCUGGAUAAUACUCUGUCUGGACUCUGGAUGCAGAGACACAACCCCCUGACCCUCCUGUUGGUUUGCCUGACUGGUUGCAAACAAGCCCUCCUUUCUUACCCCCAACAGACACUACUUGACUUUUAUUGGGACCUCCUGUAGGAAUUCCAUAGAAAAUAUUCAGAAUCAAAGAAAUUAGUUACAUUGAAAGAAAAUAUACAUUUUCAAAUACCUCUGCCUGGUUAUUUCUCAAAGUACCGCGGUCUGUGUCUAUUUAAGCAUUUCAUUCAAACAGGAUUGAGUGUUACUCAUAUGCAUUUAUUUUUUUCAUUCAACAUCUUGUACCUUUUUAACAUAUAUUUUACAGAUGCCAGUUCCAUAAUUGUGUAUACUUUUGUCAAGAAAAACUGAAUAUGACCUUUAUCAAGACUUGUCAAAUAUGCAGUGAAAUAUGCAAUAUUUUAUUCAUUGCUAUGUACUGGUAACUGACAAAAUAAAGGAAACACUUGAGUAAAUACAAAGUAUAUUGAAAGCAGGUACUUUAACACAGGUGUGGUUCCUGAGUUAAUUAACCAAUUAACAUCCCAUCAUGCUUGGGGUCAUGUAUAAAAAUGCCCAGUUGCCCAUUAUUUUGACUGCCAUGGCUAGUAGAAGAGAUCUGCCUUUGAAAGAGGGGUCUCGAAGGAGCAUAGGGGGUUUAAAGGGUUUGUGAGUGUGUGACCAGAUCUCAACCUAAUUGAACAGUUAUGGGAGAUUCUGGAGCGGCGCCUGAGACCGAGUUUUCCACCUCCAUCAACAAACCACUAACUGAUGGAAUUUCUCAUGGAAGAAUAUUGUCGCAUCACUCCAAUAGAGUUCCAGACACUUGUCAAAUCUAUGCCAAGGCCCAUUGAAGCUGUUCUGGGACUCAUUGUGGCCCAACACCCUAUUAAGACACUUUUAUGUUGGUGUUUCCUUUAUUUUGGCUGUCACCUGUAUAUUUAUUUCUUACAGUGUAAAUAUGAGUCAGUCAGAGGAGGCUGGUGGGAGGAGUUAUUAAGAGACUCAAUGUAAUGUCUGGAACGGAAUUAAUUUAACUAUCAAACAUAUGGAAACCAUGUUUGGCUCCUUUCCAUUAAUUCCAUUCCAGCCAUUGCAAUGAGCCCAUCCUCCUAUAGCUCCUCCCACCAGCCUCCUCUGGAGUGGGUGUGUAUGCUGUACUCUAUUCCUAUGUAUUUUGUGUGUGUGUAUACAGGUGUGCAUUCUAUGUGUACAUACAGUACACCUAAGCUGAUAGAUAUACUGAACAAAAUUAUAACGCAACAUGCAACAAUUUCAAAGAUUUUACUGAGUUACCGUUCAUACAAGGAAAUCAGUCAAUUUAAAAUAAAUUAAUUAUGCCCUAAUCUAUGGAUUUCACAUGACUGGGCAGGGGCUCUUUUAUUUCAGUUCAUGAAACAUGCGACCAACACUUACGUGUUGCAUUUAUCUUUUUGUUCAGUAUAGUAUACCUCUAUUUUAUACAAAGCACUCUUCAUUCUUUCGACCAUAACCAUGAAGUGCUCUGAAUCAAGGAGGUUCUCCGAAGGAAUGGGUCCUCCCACUGCCAUAGGAAGAAAUGCAGUGGAAGUCCGGGUCAAAUUCAUUAGGCACCAAACGGAUUACCUGGACUUAUCCAAUAAGACCUUCUUGUUUGUGUAUUCCACUGAGUAGUGCUACGAUGUGCACUAAUGAAUACAAUUAAGCAACACCGUGAUACCAGUUUACCUUUCAAUCUUCUCAGUAGGAAUCAAACCUGGACGGUCUUAAGGGAAAGCAUUGCCGGAGCUGCAUUAUAUACACUAUUUUCUGUAUAUUUGUAUUGCUUUUAUGUAAAUGAGUUUUCACAUCUAGGGGCAUAACAUUUCAAACAAGAAUGUACAUUUGGAUAUCUUAGAUUUGUGGACAGCUCUACCUUUAUAGUGAGAAGGCCCCAUGAGACCUAUACAGGUCCUGUAGUCUAUCUUUCAUUUGUUGCAUGAAUGAAAGACAGAACAUUUUACUUCACUAGUUGGAGAUUCAUUAUGCUGCUAAACAUACAGAUGUGAUCAUGUGACAUCCCUUGUUAUUUUCCAGUAGGACAGAACACAGAAAGGAUAAUUAAGCGAGCCAAGGAAAUGCUGUAGGUCAUCUGAGGUAGACAUUGUUUCAUAUCUCUUUAGUAGCAAUAAGUGCACUUCUGAGCAUUGCUGCAUAAUUACAUUUAAAAAAUAUAAUCUACACUAAUAGAAUCGACUAUGAAGUACUGUGAGCAGAGGUCAGAUGAACGCUUGUCAAGUGCCAUGGCAUUUAGAUUUGAACUGUAGGGUUCUCUUCUUUUCUUUUUUUUUGCAAAACCAGAGGUACAUGCUGUAUUCAUAUCUGCUACUGUGUUAUUUGUUUUUGUCUUUUAGCAAGUUUACAUCAACCUGCUUAAACCAAAUCAAAACGCCCUUGAACUAUUGUGCCAUGCAUGGAAUGUAUAAUUGGUCAACUGGUCAUUACAGAACAGUUGUGGAUGGAAAAACAACGUGGGGUUUUUUCACAUUCGUCAGACUUGAGGUGAAGGAUAUUGCUGCUACGAUAUACAGUGUAUGUUAAACCAAAAAAAUAUUAUUUUACAGUGGAACAAGAAAUGCAACUGUUGUCAUGACUCAUCCAACAAUUUUAUUUUCUACGUCAUUCCUCUGUCUCAUCAGCAGCCUUUUACUUUUCUGACUCUCAUAGAAACAUCCAGGUAUUUAUCUUGGCAACAUAAACAGCCUCUGACUCCCUACCAGCAAGGACUCCACUAACUAUGAUCACUAUCUGCUAGUCUAGCUUUUACCAGGAACCUUGCAUUUGCCCCCUCCCAGUUUCAAAACUGUUCUACAUUUUGAUAUUUCCUUUCCCAAUUGUUCUGUAAUCUAUAAAUGUGCUGUGAAUUGUACUGUGUCUUGUAUCUGUGUGUAGAGUACCUUCAGAAAGUAUUAAUACCUUAUUCCAUAUUUUGUGUUACAGCCUGCAUUCAAAAUGGAUUACAUUGGUCAGGGAGGUGAGAAAAAACAAAGUGCUUAUUUUGAAUUCGGACUGUAACAUCAAAAUGUGGAAUAAGCCAAGGGGUAUGAAUACUUUCUGAAGCACUCCCCAUUAUUUUCAGUGAGUGGAAUUGAAUCCCCCAAUUACCAGUAAUCCAGUAUGUAGCCAUCAUUACACAUACAUGAUUACGGUCGUCACCUUUCACUGACCUGAACUCAAGCACUCAUUUGCUAAAGGAGAAGAGCCCUGUGGCGGUAUGUACUGAAUGAGAUGCUCUGAUUAGCAGAAGGAGAAAAAGACCAGUGAGGCAGGCAGCGAAGAAUACAUGUUUAGUAGUGGGCUUCUAAUGCAACCACAAAAUUGGAAAUUCAUAUUAAGCUCUGCUGUGUAGUACAGAUUGUGAAACAGAAUCAAAUAAAAUAAAAAUAUGCUUCUGGUAAGCAAACCAUUCUGAAACGUACAGUAUUUGAGGGAUAAUAUGAAGAUUCCCUGGUCAUUUAUAUCACAUAUUGCACAGUAGCUGUAAAGUAGCUGCAGUAUGUGCUAUUACGUACUGGCUCCAGCAGAAGAAAGCCUUCUUAUUUCUCCCAGUGCCUAUGUUUGACUUCUGUUAUAUUAUAUGGAACCAUGUUCAAAGUCCAGCACAUGUUCUGCUGAAACGGAAAUGAAACAAGGUUUGAUUGAAACACAAUCCAAAAAAAAGAAAAGGAAACGAUACCUCCUCUCGGCACACCAAUGUUUUUAAUGUUUUAUCAUUAUAAUUUACCUCAAUGUAUAUAAUACUUUUAUCUUCCACUUUUGACAUUCUAUUUCCAUGAAAUGUCUAAUUGAAAUAAUAUUAAUGCACAUUUCUUUGUCAGUGGUACUCCGUAUACGGUGUUGGUUGUGCCCAUAUGUUUAGGAAGAUUUCCUACUGCCUCGGUUUGAACAAUCUCUUAUUUGAGAAUUGUUGAUAUUUGAAGAAUGCUUUUCAUCUCUUUAGAACCCUUUCAAGUUGUAGAGAAAGCCCCUGUACAGUUUCAUAUAUACCAUUUGUUUGGAGGGUCAUGUUACACCACACAUCUUUUCAGAGGUGCUUUUUCUCUGCUCCCUAAGAUAAAGUAUGUUGUAAAGUGUUUAAACGAAUGAGCGCUCGACAUAGGAAUUCAGAUGACGUUGACUAUUAUUUCAAGUUCAUGUAUAGUGAAGUAGGAUGUUUUGUGAAUAAAUAUAUACGCAUUUUCUUA